AUGGCCAGGAAACACGAUAGCGGCACGAAGGCUGCCAAGAAAGGGCAAACCGGCAGUGAGACGGUGAAGACAGCCAGGACGGUGGCGGGUGAGUCUGCGUCCAGUGGCCCUACCGCAACAGAGGUCGCUUCCGGUGUGGCGGACAAGGAUGCCGGGGCUCCGGUGCCGGUGUUCGACGACUCCUCCGAUGGAGAGGAAGGCUUGUCUAAGGACAGACGUGCGACAGACUGGCGGAAGGUGAAGAAGCCGAAGCAAGCCAGGAGGGCAGAGAAGGCCAAGGACGCCAAUAGGGCGGAGCCGGUGGAGGAAACGAGUUCGGCUGCAGCGCCACGGGGAGCCGACGGCGAGGAAGGUGACGAAGAGAGCGACGACGAGCGAGACCGAGGCAGCGAGAACGACGCUGCCGAAGAGAACGCGAAACCGACAGGGAAGGCGAAACGUAGAGGGAAGGCGAAGCGGUUCAACUGGAAGGUAGGGACAGGAAAGGACGCUCGGAGAUACAUGGAGAGUCGCUGGGAAGAGUUCGUCAGCGAUGAGGUUCGACGGAAGGUGGUGAGGGAUGAGACGGCGGAGUACGUCUCGAGCCAUUACAAGUUCCCGGAACACGGUGCGGGUGACGUUCGCAAGGCCGUGCAUAUGUGGUUCAAAAACACGUUGGCGCACACCGCGCGUUGUGGACGGACCUCGCGACGGGUGUCUUCGGGACGCCUGUCUUCGGGCGAGUCCGACGACAGCAGCGACAGCUCUGACGAUGAGGACGCGCCCUUGAAGCGAGUCAUAGCACACUUCGGGAAAGCAAUCAAGGGGCGCGCACUGUCUGGAUCGAUUCUGUGGGGACGGAAGAACAAGGGUGACGUGCAGAAGAAGAUGGUAGGGAGUGGCAUCGGGAGCUACAUGCGGGCCCUCAAGCUGUGCUUCGAAGAGCUCCCGGCCGAACAGCAGGCCUUUUGGCGGGAGAAGGCGAAGGCUGAGGCCGCAUCGCACGUGGACAACCCGUUGCAAUGCUUCGACAACCAACGCGCCUUCCCUGGAUUGGUCGCACGCCUAUUGUCGCAAUUCUCGGGGUUCGGAUCGGAGCAAGUGGGCGCGGUAGUAAUGCACGUUCAGAUAGGCCUGCGCGAUGAAGAGGGGGUCAUCGUGCGCGAACAGUUGACGAUUGGGGCGGACGAAGACCGCCAGACGCCUUGCUUCGCAACGUUUGAAGGCAGGGCUGACAUACGCGAGCAAGAGCGGUGGGAUCGCUUUGUGUGCUUGAUGCUUCCGCAAAACCCUAUGCGUGGCGACCCUCGAUUGCUAAGGACAGCCGAUGUGCUGGAGUCGUUUUUCCGCGCCAGCUUUACGUAUAUACGGGGGCCUCAGGCACGGCUGCUCUGGCCGGAAGUCGCGAAGGCGCCAUCGGCAUACCUGAACACGGAGUGGCAGGAAGCGGGGGUGGGCGACCUGGCUAAACGCGACGUGCUACAGGUCGCUGUGCUGUACUCACAGAUCUUGAAGCAUCAGGGCAGCGACAGGGCAUUCGCGUUCCUGCCUGAAGUGAACAUCUUGUCGGACGGGUCCGUUCUACCAUCAGGAGGUGGGACUGGCCCAAUUCCGGACACGCCGAGGCGCAAUCACUUGAUCGUGAGGGUGAACAUGACGCCGGUACACCACACACCCUCUCGCCUUCGCCUGUCUUCCAGCGCCGAGACGUUGCCUCUAAAGGCGCCGGAAUUUGGACGUGGAGGCGAGAUGGCGCGCAUCCUAGAGGCCGGGGAAGGUGAUGGGGAGGCGGCCUCUACCUCCGAUGCAGCGCCCGCGGGCUCUGCCGGCGCCGCGCCGGAAGCAGGGCCCCCGCCCUCGCGCGCGCCCUAUCCCGCCGCCUCUAGUGCAACCGUGUCCGAAGCAGUGCCCGCGCGCUCUGCCGGCGCCGCGCCCGAAGCAGCGCCCCCGCCCUUGCGCGCGCCCUAUCCUGCCGCGUCUACCCCGCCUGUGGCCGAGCCAGCGCCCGAGCCCGAGCCAGCGCCCGAGCCCGAGCCAGCACCCGCGCCCCAGCCAGCGCCCGCGCCCUCUGCCGCCGGCUGUGACGCGACGCCCUGCGAGGGGGCCGCAUCCCCCGGCGCCCCGCCCACUGCCGCGGCGCCACACACGCCUUCUCUGUCCACCAGCACCGACGCGACACCUGCGGUCGCGGAGGCGCCUGAGUUGAGGGCUGACGUGGCUAUGGGCAACAACGUCGCGGAUGGGGACACCUCUACGGAAGCGUCGGUGGCUCCAAAAGCGGGGGGGCGGAAGGGCCGGCAGAAAAGGAAAAUGCGCGACGAGAACUGGGCGCGCGAGAUGGCAGAGAUGCGAGCCGCUAAAAAGGCGAGGGAUGCUCAGGCAGACGCGGGGUCCGGGGCGGGCGUGGAGGGAGUGCCGGCCGCGGGGGCAUCGAGUGCAGUCAAGGCACUAGAGGCUACGCCGGUCUCAGGGCCUGCGGGUCGUGCUGCAACGCGGCGAUCGAGUCGUGUGGCGAAGGGGGGAGCAAGGGCGGAUGGAUUGUGA